CUAUUGCCCAUCGUUCGGACAGUCUCAAUUCCCCCGUUGUAUCCUCGGCAUGAAAUCGAUAUAACACUGUCCCUGUUCUGCGACAAUGUAACCGUAAUGCAAGUUCGUUGUGUUCGAACUGCAUGACACGCUGUCACCAAUACCGCUUCACACCAGGGAGGUUCUUCUGCAUGGGUUUAUUCCUAACACGAUGACAUCUUGUACCAUAACUUACAUGUCAUAGCGUCCCCCUCCCCUCGUGUACUAUACUUAAUUUCGUUGUACAUAACUUCCGAUGCUGAUUCCUCUGAUGUACCAUAUCUUCACUGUACAUAUCAUUCAAUGCACUUUCCGCGUUAUCCUUCAUUCUUCCGUGAAUGCUGUGCAGGUCGUUGCGAUGCGAAGCACGCCCUCUAGUUCGGAGAGCGCGCGGUCAAUUGAGAAUCAUCUCAGUCCCGCUGUCUCUAGUUCUCGGGCACAACCCAACUCCGACGCAGGCACCCAGAGAACUUACAAGCUCGCCACAGAUUCCGCCAGGCACAGCAAAUGCCCACCGUCGUUCCUGGGUUCCCACGUGUACACCCAAUUUGCAUUUCCCCAAUCGCCACAGCUUAGCUGUGCCGCAGCUAUAAAUACUGCCACUGCGAGUCAUCUACUGUUCAUCUCGCAUCCGGAUUUAUUGGAAGCAUGGGAUCUCGCAAUGUCGCUGAAAUCAACGCCACCGAGUUCGACAUUGAGAACGUGACUGUUUACAAGGACAGAGCGGCGGUCAGAAGACGUUUUCCCGUUGACUUUGAGGCAGGUCAGAAUGAAAUCGUGAUCAGCCCCUUGUCCUCUUUCCUUGAGCAAGAUUCCCUUCGAGUCGAGACUGAAACUC